AAUGGUCAGGCGGCGGCGACGGAGAAGGAGGCGGAGGCGCAGGGGGGUGCCGAGGCCCCUGGGCUACCCAGAGUUGUGCGCUCUACCGGGUCGCGGCCACUAGUGCGGCGCCGCCAGCUGGGAGCCAGUGAGCCGAGGGGCAGGAAGGCAGGACGCGACCCCCGCGUGCCCGAGUCACCCGGGCUCUCCCCGCCGCCAGCGCUUCAUGAAUCUCAAGUUUCCGCGGCGGCGGCGGCUGCGGGACGCAGAGCGGGAGCUGGGGGAACAAGCCGAGCGCGCUCUGGGCUCAACGGAGGGCACCGGUGCGGAGGAGAUCGCCCGGGGCGCAGGGAAGGCUGCUGCCGGCUUCUCCACCGCCAGCUCCAGCAGAGAAGCGCCGAGAAAGGAGCCAAAAAAGUAUGGCUGAGGAGGAGGUGCCUAAGAAGUCCCAGGCCGCCGGCGGCGGGAGCUGGGAACUUUGUGCCGGGGCGCUCCCCGCCGGGCCAGCUGCGGAAGGGAGCGGGGACCCAAGCAGCGGUCGCCGCCUCCCAGCUGACCCCGGGCGAUUGGCGCGCCGGCUGUUGUUGCUGCUUUGGCUGCUGGAGGCUCCCCUGCUGCUGGGGGUCCAGGCGCAGGCGGCGGGCCAGGGGCCAGGGCCGGGGCCAGGCCAGCAGCCCCCGCCGCCGCCACCGCCGCAGCCCCAGAGCGGGCAGCAGUACAACGGCGAGCGGGGCAUCUCCAUCCCGGACCACGGCUACUGCCAGCCCAUCUCCAUCCCGCUGUGCACGGACAUCGCGUACAACCAGACCAUCAUGCCCAACCUGCUGGGCCACACCAACCAAGAGGACGCGGGCCUCGAGGUGCACCAGUUCUACCCGCUGGUGAAGGUCCAGUGCUCGGCGGAGCUCAAGUUCUUCCUGUGCUCCAUGUACGCGCCAGUGUGCACCGUGUUGGAGCAGGCGCUGCCGCCCUGCCGCUCCCUGUGCGAGCGCGCGCGCCAGGGCUGCGAGGCGCUCAUGAACAAGUUCGGCUUCCAGUGGCCCGACACGCUGAAGUGCGAGAAGUUCCCGGUGCACGGCGCAGGCGAGCUGUGCGUGGGCCAAAACACUUCGGACAAGGGCACCCCGACGCCCUCGCUGCUGCCGGAGUUCUGGACUAGCAAUCCCCAGUACGGCGGCGGGGGCCACCGCAGCGGCGGCAGCGGCUUUCCGGGUGGCGCCGGCGCGUCGGAGCGGGGCAAGUUCUCGUGCCCGCGCGCCCUCAAGGUGCCCUCCUACCUCAACUACCACUUCCUGGGAGAGAAGGAUUGCGGGGCGCCUUGUGAGCCAACCAAGGUGUAUGGGCUCAUGUAUUUCGGUCCAGAGGAGCUUCGCUUCUCGCGCACCUGGAUUGGCAUCUGGUCGGUGCUGUGCUGCGCCUCCACACUCUUCACGGUGCUCACGUACUUAGUGGACAUGCGGCGCUUCAGCUACCCCGAGCGGCCCAUUAUCUUCUUGUCGGGCUGCUACACGGCUGUGGCCGUGGCCUACAUUGCUGGAUUCCUGUUGGAGGACCGGGUAGUGUGUAACGACAAGUUCACAGAGGACGGGGCGCGCACGGUUGCGCAGGGUACCAAGAAGGAGGGCUGCACCAUACUCUUUAUGAUGCUCUACUUCUUCAGCAUGGCCAGCUCAAUCUGGUGGGUGAUCCUGUCGCUCACCUGGUUUCUGGCGGCCGGCAUGAAGUGGGGCCACGAGGCCAUCGAGGCCAACUCACAGUACUUCCACCUGGCUGCCUGGGCCGUGCCAGCCAUCAAGACCAUCACCAUCCUGGCGCUGGGCCAGGUGGACGGCGAUGUGCUGAGUGGGGUGUGCUUCGUGGGGCUUAACAACGUGGACGCACUGCGCGGCUUUGUGCUGGCGCCCCUCUUCGUGUACUUGUUCAUAGGCACGUCCUUCCUGCUGGCCGGCUUCGUGUCUCUCUUCCGCAUCCGCACCAUCAUGAAACACGACGGCACCAAGACCGAGAAGCUGGAGAAGCUCAUGGUGCGCAUCGGGGUCUUCAGUGUGCUCUACACAGUGCCAGCCACCAUCGUCAUAGCCUGCUACUUCUACGAGCAGGCCUUCCGGGACCAGUGGGAGCGUAGCUGGGUGGCUCAGAGCUGCAAGAGCUAUGCCAUCCCCUGCCCCCACCUCCAGGCGGCUGGGGGCGCCCCACCUCACCCGCCCAUGAGCCCUGACUUCACGGUCUUCAUGAUCAAGUACCUUAUGACACUGAUCGUGGGCAUCACGUCGGGCUUCUGGAUCUGGUCCGGCAAGACUCUCAACUCCUGGCGGAAAUUCUACACCAGGCUCGCCAACAGCAAACAAGGCGAGACGACGGUCUGAGACCCACUGGCUCAGCCCAUUCCCAGCCCUCAGCACGGUCCCAGCCACCCCCAAAGCUGGCCCCGUGGAAUCCAUUCCAAGCCUGGUUGACUCAGUUUCACAGGCUUCCUUUAACAACACAGCUCCUGCAAAAAAAGCAUCCGUCCCUGGGAGCGAAUGGCCCGAGAGGCUUGACUGCUGAGAAGGGAGAUGGACCUCUCGCCCUCACUUUCGAACCAGGACUUUACGCUUUUAUGAUUGUAAAUAGCCUGUGUAAGAUUUUUUUGUAAGUAUAUUUGUAUUUAAAUGA